GUCUCAUCAUCUGCUCUGCUCUGCUCCUCAGCUCAGCGGCAGCAGGAGGGACCCUUUCUUUUGCCUUAGUUCUUCGCGUGAUCUUUCGGGGCCUCCAAGAUGGUUAAGGUCACCGUCGACGAGCUCCGCGCGAGUAUGGACAAGAAGCACAACAUCAGGAACAUGUCCGUCAUCGCGCACGUCGAUCAUGGAAAGUCAACGCUCACCGACUCGCUGGUGGCUGCAGCCGGCCUCCUCGCGCAGGAGGUGGCCGGUGACGCGAGGAUGACGGACACCCGCGCGGACGAGGCCGAGCGCGGCAUCACCAUCAAGUCAACGGGCAUAUCCCUCUACUACGAGAUGCCUGAGGAGUCCCUGAGGCGCUUCGAGGGCGCGCGCACCGGCAACACGUACCUCAUCAACCUCAUCGACUCGCCCGGGCACAUAGACUUCUCGUCCGAGGUCACGGCCGCGCUCCGCAUCACUGACGGCGCCCUCGUGGUGGUCGACUGCAUCGAGGGCGUGUGCGUCCAGACCGAGACCGUGCUCCGGCAGGCUCUCUCCGAGCGGAUCAAGCCCGUCCUCACCGUCAACAAGAUGGACCGCUUCUUCCUUGAGCUCCAGCAAAGCGGCGAGGAGGCGUACCAGGCGUUCUGCCGCGUGAUCGAGAACGCUAACGUGAUCAUGGCGACGUACGAGGACAAGAAUCUGGGCGACUGCCAGGUGUCGCCGGAGAAGGGCACGGUGGCGUUCUCGGUGGGGCUGCACGGGUGGGCAUUCACCCUGUCCGACUUCGCCAAGAUGUACGCGGCUAAGUUCAACGUGGACGAGGCCAGGAUGACGGAGCGGCUGUGGGGCGAGCACUUUUUCGACUCGGCCACCCGCAGUUGGUCGACCAGGCAGACGGGCUCGCCGACGUGCCAGCGCGGGUUCGUUCAACUUUGCUACCUGCCCAUCCGGCAGAUCAUCGAGGCGUGCAUGAGCGACGACAAGGAGAAGCUGUGGCCAAUGUUGCACAAACUCCGCGUGGCGCUCAAGGCCGAGGACAGGGAGCUGUCGGGGAAAGCGCUCAUGAAGCGCGUCAUGCAAUCAUGGCUGCCCGCUAGCUCUGCACUGUUGGAGAUGAUCGUCUUCCACUUGCCGUCCCCUGCCAUGGCGCAGCAGUACCGCGUUGAGACCCUCUACGAGGGGCCUCUCGACGACGCCUAUAUUUCAGCCUAUGCCACUGCCAUCCGCAACUGCGACCCCGAGGGCCCCCUCAUGCUCUACGUGUCCAAGAUGAUCCCAGCCAGAGACAAGGGAAGGUUCUAUGCCUUUGGCCGGGUCUUUUCCGGCACGGUGGCGACCGGCACCAAGGUACGGAUCAUGGGACCCAACUACGUGCCCGGCGGGAAGAAGGAUCUCUUUGUCAAGACUGUGCAGCGCACAGUCAUCUGGAUGGGUAAGAAGCAGGAGUCCGUCGAGGACGUGCCCUGUGGAAACACCGUGGCACUGGUAGGCCUCGACCAGUUCAUCACCAAGAACGUCACGCUCACUAAUGACAAGGAGGUGGACGCGCACCCAAUCAAGGCCAUGAAGUUCUCUGUCUCGCCGGUAGUGCGCAAGUCCGUUGCGUGCAAGAACGCCGCCGACCUGCCGAAGCUUGUGGAGGGGCUGAAGCGUCUCUCCAAGUCAGACCCACUGGUAGUGUGCACCAUCACAGACACCGGCGAGCAUGUCAUCGCCGGCGUGGGAGAGCUCCAUCUGGAGAUCUGCCUCAAGGACCUGCAGCAAGACUUCAUGAACGGCACCGAGAUCGUCUUUGGCCCUCCUGUGGUCUCUUACCGUGAGACCGUCGUCGACAGGUCGUGCCGUACCGUGAUGAGCAAGUCGCCGAACAAGCACAAUCGACUGUACAUAGAGGCCCGGCCACUGGAGAAGGACCUCGCCAAGGCGAUUGACGACGAGCUCAUCGGCUCCAAGGACGAGGUCAAGGUCCGCGCCAAGAUACUAUCCGAGGAGUUCGGCUGGGACAAGGACCUGGCCAAGAAAAUCUGGUGCUUCGGUCCCGAGGCGACCGGCCCCAACAUGUUCGUGGACAUGUGCAGGGGUGUCCAGUACGUGGGCGAGAUCAGGGACUCGGUGGUCGCCGGCUUCCAGUGGGCCUCCAAGGAGGGCGUGCUCGCCGAAGAGAACAUGCGCGGCGUCUGCUUCGAGCUCCGCGAUGUCGUACUACACGCCGACGCCAUCCACCGCGGCGGCGGCCAGAUCAUCCCCACGGCGCGCCGCGCCAUGUACGCCGCGCAGCUCACGGCGAUGCCACGCCUCAUGGAGCCCGUCUACCUCGUCGAGAUCCAGGCGCCGGAGAGGGCGACGGGGAGCAUCUACAACCUCUUGAACAAGAAGAGGGGCAGCGUGAUCGAGGAGAGGCAGAGGCUUGGCACGCCACUGAUCAACUUCAAGGCCUACCUCCCCGUGGCUGAGUCGCUUGAGUUCACCGAGAAGCUGCGCGCCGAGACGUCCGGCGAGGCGUUCCCGCAGUGCGUCUUCGACCACUGGGAGACUGUCAACUCCAACCCGCUAGAUGAGAGUUCGACGGCGGCAAAGCUCGUCGGCGACAUAAGGAGGAGGAAGGGUCUCAAGGACAUGAUGCCACUGUCCGAGUACGAGGAUAGGCUUUGAGCUGCAUCUUUUCGUCAGUCGUUUAUUGCCUCUUAGCGUUUGUUAAUUUCUGUUUCUGGUACUGCUAGUUUACACUGCAAACUUUUUAUUCAGGUUGAGUUUAGCUGCGAGUUACGUUUAAUGCCAUUAAAUUCUUAGCAGGCUUAGCAAAUCGUUUUGGUCUUUGUUCACUAGGAAAAAUUCAGCUGUAAGUGGAGUUAUGCUAAAGCCUUAAAUAUGUCCACUGUGAAAUAGUUUGUUCAUUUCACCUUCUUAUAACUCUCAAUUUCGCUUGAUUGUUCUUUUUGCUGAAGUAAUCAAACCCAUCAAUCUAUACCUGUCCUCCUGUUAGCGAGCACAUUUGUAAAGGUCUAUGCACAA